UCGCGUCGCGUCGCGUCGCGGUGGGCGCAGGGCUGGGCUGGGCCCGGGCUGUGCGGGCGGCGGCAGUGGUGACUGAGGGGCCGGGCCGAGUGCGUGCGGGAGCAGGCUGAAGCAGCGGCCUGUCCCUCCUCGCUAGCGGGCGGCGACGACCUCGGGGACACCAUGGCCCCGCGGCUGCAGCUGGAGAAGGCCGCCUGGCGAUGGGCGGAGACGGUGCGGCCCGAGGAGGUGUCGCAGGAGCACAUCGAGGCGGCCUACCGCAUCUGGCUGGAGCCCUGCAUCCGGGGCGUGUGCAGAAGAAACUGCAAAGGGAACCCGAAUUGCUUGGUUGGAAUUGGAGAACAUGUCUGGCUAGGGGAAAUUGAUGAAAACAGCUUUCACAACAUUGAUGAUCCCAACUCUGAAAGGAGGAAAAAGAACUCAUUUGUGGGUCUAACAAACCUUGGAGCAACGUGCUAUGUGAAUACUUUUCUUCAGGUUUGGUUUCUUAACCUGGAGCUUAGGCAGGCUCUGUAUUUAUGUCCGAGUACCUGUGGAGACCACAUGAUGGGAGAUGGUAUACAGGAGGAGAAAGAUUAUGAACCUCAAACCAUUUGUGAGCAUCUCCAGUACCUGUUUGCUUUGCUGCAGAACAGUAAUAGACGGUACAUCGAUCCAUCAGGUUUUGUUAAAGCCUUAGGCUUGGACACAGGACAACAGCAGGAUGCCCAAGAGUUUUCAAAGCUGUUUAUGUCUUUAUUGGAGGAUACUUUGUCUAAGCAGAAGAAUCCAGAUGUACGGAACAUCGUCCAGCAGCAGUUUUGUGGGGAAUAUGCGUAUGUCACUGUCUGUAACCAGUGUGGCCGUGAGUCUAAGCUUUUAUCAAAAUUUUAUGAACUGGAAUUAAAUAUCCAAGGGCACAAGCAGUUAACAGAUUGCAUCACCGAAUUUCUCAAGGAAGAAAAAUUAGAAGGAGACAAUCGAUACUUUUGUGAAAACUGUCAGAGUAAACAGAAUGCAACGAGGAAGAUCCGACUACUCAGUCUUCCUUGUACGCUUAAUUUACAGCUAAUGCGUUUUGUGUUUGACAGACAAACGGGGCAUAAGAAAAAGCUGAAUACCUACAUUGGCUUCUCAGAACUUUUGAAUAUGGAACCUUUCAUGGAGCACAAAGAAGGCAUCUAUGUAUAUGAACUCAGUGCUGUCCUCAUACACCGAGGCGUAAGUGCAUAUUCUGGUCACUACAUUGCUCACGUGAAGGAUCCUCAGACUGGAGAAUGGUAUAAGUUCAAUGACGAAGAUAUAGAAAAGAUGGAGGGAAAGAAAUUACAACUAGGGAUUGAGGAAGAUCUAGCAGAGCCUUCCAAAUCACAGACUCGUAAACCUAAGUGUGGGAAAGGAACUCACUGCUCUAGAAAUGCCUACAUGUUGGUGUAUAGAUUACAAACUCAAGAGAAAUCUUCUCUGACAGUUCAAGUACCAGCUUUCCUUCAAGAGCUGGUAGACCGAGAUAACUCCAAGUUUGAGGAGUGGUGCGUAGAAAUGGCUGAAAUGCGUAAACAAAGUGUGGACAAAGGCAAAGCCAAACAUGAAGAGGUGAAGGAACUCUACCAAAGGUUACCUGCUGGAGCUGAGCCAUAUGAGUUUGUUUCACUUGAAUGGCUACAGAAGUGGCUAGAUGAAUCCACCCCAACGAAGCCCAUUGAUAACCAUGCCUGCCUGUGUGCUCAUGACAAGCUGCAUCCUGACAAAAUAUCAAUCAUGAAGAGAAUUUCAGAAUAUGCAGCUGACAUUUUUUACAGUCGCUAUGGAGGAGGACCCCGUCUGAAUGUUAAAGCACUUUGCAAAGACUGUGUUGUAGAGCGCUGUCGGGUGUUGCGGUUGAAGAACCAACUAAAUGAAGAUUAUAAGAUUGUUACAAAUUUGCUGAAAACUUCAAUGAAGGGUAAUGAAGGCUUCUGGGUUGGCAAAUCUUCCUUACGAAGUUGGCGACAGCUAGCCCUAGAACAGUUAGAUGAGCAAGAUAUUGAUGCAGACCAAAGUAAUGGGAAAAUGAAUGGUGACACCUUAAAUAAAGAUGAUUCCAAGGAUGACAAAAAGGAUGAGGAAGAUGAAUUAAAUUUUAAUGAAGACAUCCUCUGCCCCCAUGGUAAUUUAUGUAUAACUGAAAAUGAGAGACGGCUUGUUUCUAAGGAGGCUUGGGGAAAACUGCUGCAGUACUUUCCAAAAGCUCCUGAAUUUCCAAGUUACAAAGAGUGCUGUUCCCAGUGUAAGAUUCUGGAAAGAGAAGGAGAAGAAAAUGAAGCCUUACAUAAGAUGAUUGCAAAUGAGCAAAAAACUUCUCUCCCUAACUUGUUCCAAGACAAAAGCAGACCCUGUCUUAGUAAUUGGCCUCAGGAGACGGAUGUGCUUUACAUUGUAUCUCAAUUUUUUGUAGAAGAAUGGCGGAAAUUUGUGAGGCGGCCUACCAGAUGUAGCCCUGUGUCAUCAGUAGGAAACAGUGCUCUUCUCUGUCCUCAUGGUGGACUUAUGUUUACUUUUGCUUCCAUGACCAAAGAAGAUUCCAAACUUAUAGCUCUCAUAUGGCCCAAUGAGUGGGAGAUGAUACAAAAGCUAUUUGUCGUGGAUCACGUAAUAAAAAUUAUCAAAGCUGAAACUGAUGAUGCAAACCCUUCACAAAUGCUGUACACGUCAGAGCCCAGUCUUUGUCCAGAAUGCAGGGAAGGGUUAUUGUGUCAACAGCAGCGGGAUCUUCGGGAAUACACUCAAGCCACUAUAUAUGUACAUAAAGUUGUGGAUAAUAAAAAGGUAAUGAAGGAUGCCGCUCCAGAAUUGAAUGUUAGUAGCUCAGAAACUGAAGAGGAUAGGGAGGAAACUAGGCCUGAAGGGGAAAAAGAUCCUGAUUUUAAUCAGACCAAUGGCGGAACCAAGAGGCAAAAAAUUUCCCAUCAGAAUUAUAUUGUUUAUCAGAAGCAGGUCAUUCGGCGGAGCAUGCGACACCGGAAAGUUCGGGGAGAAAAGGCACUGCUUGUUUCAGCUAAUCAAACAUUAAAAGAACUAAAAAUCCAGAUCAUGCACGCCUUCUCAGUAGCUCCUUUUGACCAGAACCUGUCAAUUGAUGGGAAAGUCCUAAAUGAUGACACAGCCACCCUGGGGACCCUUGGCGUCAUUCCUGAAUCAGUUAUUUUGUUAAAGGCAGAUGAACCAAUAGCAGAUUAUGCAGCGAUGGAUGAUGUGAUGCAAGUAUGUAUGCCAGAAGAGGGAUUUAAAGGGACUGGUCUCCUUGGACAUUAAUAAUAUGAAAAAUUGCUGACUGCUCCAAGUAACCAUAAGGGAAGGAGGAUUUGACAUUUUAGGGCAUUAUUACAAAAGUGAAUUUAAGAAUAAAUGGUUGCUUGACUACAGAAGGCAGGAAUCCAUACGAAAGUGACUGUCCCAAAUGCCUUAUGUCAAAUAAAGCAGAUUGCACUGAAGGACAUCAGACUUCAAGGAAAUGUUUCCCAUUUUAUAUUUGGGGGGGAGGGGUUUGGGGUAAAGGGUGGGGCCCGAAUAAAGGCUGAACAAGUAGCAGUAACAAUGUAUCAUGUUUACAUACAAAAAUUUAUAGAGGGAAGGGAAUGAAAAUCAGCUGUAUUUCCUUGCUCAAAUUUCAUACCAGAGGCAUUUGUCCAUAAGGGAUUUGUAUCGCAGUAGAUGAACAAAGUUCUGUCUUCAGAAGUAAUUCUUUAUAGACCUGCUUACAAAUACCUGUCUUUAAUCCACUGUUAUACUUUCAAUAAAGCAUGAAAGUAAACAA